AUGCAAAAAGACCCGAAAUGCUUUAACUUCCCUUCACUUCCCCGUCAUCUUCUUCACUACAAAAACACUUCCAAAACCGUUAUCCUAUUCAUCAAAUUGCUUUCUUCAAAACCCUAUUCGACUCUUCCAGUUCGUUCCUCUUCCUCCCCAAAACCCCAACCCAUCAAGCGUCAGCACACUGCCCGGUACUACGCCCAUCGGGUCAAAGAAAGCCUCACCACCCGGGUGUCCAAGCUCAUAUGUACCAUUUUCUUGGCUCUCCUUCUUGUUGUUGGUAUGGUAACUUUCAUACUAUGGCUUAGUCUCCGACCUCACCGUCCCAGGUUUCAUAUCCAUCAAUUCUCAGUACCAGAUUUGAACCAAGCAACGGGGUUCGAAAAUGCAGUGAUAUCGUUCAAUGCCAGCGCCCGUAAUGCAAACCAUAAUAUUGGCAUAUAUUAUGAUUCCAUGGACGGGGCGGUUUACUAUAAGGACCAAAGGAUUGGUUUUAUCUCAUCAUUAUUGCCGCCAUUUUAUCAAGGUCCCAAGAACACAACAACCGUAGAUGGAUCGUUUACAGGUGCCAGCUUGACGGUAAGUAGCCAACGGUGGUCGGAGUUCAUGAAUGAUCGUGCAAAAGGGAACGUGGUGUUUCGCUUAGAUUUAACGUCGACGAUUAGGUUCAAGAUUUCGACCUGGAAUAGUAAGCGGCACCGUGUUCACGCCAACUGUGAUAUCGGCGUAGGCCAAGAUGGCCAGAUCCUGGCCCCUUAUAAAGAUAAGAGAUGUCCAGUCUAUUUCACUUAG